AUGGUGUCGUCAAGAAAUGCGUCCGUGUCGCUGUCGGAGAUGAUUGAACGCACUGCGUCACUGACCAAAGCGCUGGGCCGCAAUGUAUCCAUGGCGAUCGUCAGCGGCAGCAGCGUCGCCAAGGAGGGGCCUGACGCACCCCUGUGUGGUUCAGGUGCCAAGAAAGGGAUGUGCAUUGGAAGGCAAGGGGCGUCACACAAUGAAUGUGUUGUAAUGAGGGGACAUGACGGCUGCGAAGGAUUGCAGACUGGGGAACUUCCCUCGUUGGUGCCAACAUCCUUCGCUGACCCUAUUCGGGGCCGCACAAAUUGGUCUUGGCUGCCAUUUGUCGCGUGGUUUAGUGCUCUUCUUUUCUUUACGGUGCUUACGGCGUUGCUUGUAAAUCGUUGUCUGCGGUCAAGGCGCUUGUCGGGGGAGGAGUAUGAGGAGCUUCUGGAUGUGCACGGCUCCGCAACGGUGCCGGUGGAUAGCAACACUGCGUCGACACGGACAGAUGGAAACGCCUCGCGGCAGCGUUUUCUGGAGUCGCGCCGGGCGGCAGCACAAAGGUCGUACGGCACUGCAAGUCCCACAAAUUAG